AUGGAGGAGGAGGGGCAGGAUAGGAUCAGCAGGUUACCCGAAUUCCUAAUCCAUCACAUUCUCUCUUUACUACCCACCAAAUGUGCUGUUUCAACAACAAUUCUGUCUAAAAGAUGGAAGAAUCUCUGGAUAUCUGUUCCCGCUCUUGAUUUUCGCGAAUGGAAAUCUCCCAAAAUCGAAAUAGAACAAUCUACUGAAAGCUCCAUGAUUUAUGUUAUUACCAAUAACAAAGCAAAACAAUCUUAUACUGAGAGCUUCAUGGAUUUCGUUGACAGGGUAUUAACUCUGGUCGAUAGUUUACAAAGAUCUGAUUUUCCUGUCAUAACCAAGAUUGAUGCACCAAAUCUAAUGUCUCUCAAAAUCGACGACCGUCUAGAAGAUACUUUAGUGGUGCACAGCUUUCCGUCACUAGUGGAUGCAGAUAUACGCCUCUCGCAUAGUAUGGAAGAUGAUGGGAUGGAUGUUGUUUUAAAUUUUUUGAACAAGCUCUCUAAUGUAAAGCGCUUGAGAGUAACAGGUUACAUUUUUGAGGAUUUGGAGACUGGAAAUCUUCUAUCUACAAGUUUACUUGGCUUUACUAAUUUGAUCACUUUGGAAGUGUCUGUUAAUCUUCUAUCUACAAGUUUACUUGGCUUUACUAAUUUGAUCACUUUGGAAGUGUCUGUUAUCAAGGCUGAGCAAGUUUUGAUUAUUGAUAAAGCUAAUAAGGAUGCUUUGGCAGUAGAUGUAGUGCCUCAUUGUUUGCUGAUGAACCUCAAGUCAAUUAAGUUUCAAAACUUUGAAGGACAUCGGAAUGAGCUGGAUUUGGUUAGAUUUAUCUUUGCAGAGUGCAGGGGUUCUCCAGACAGUGACUAUUGA